AGAGAGAGAGAGAGAUGCAGGAAGGAAGGGAGCACUGGAGCUAGUGACUAACAGGCAUCUAAAAGCUUUGCCUUCACAAAGCAAGCUUGCUUGGCUACGAAGGAAAUAUGACAACACAGAUUUGCUGCCAAAUAACAAUCCCUUUGUUCUGGGUCACUUACCGUUCUGAAUUUUUGUGGAGACAGGUCUUCUGCAGUACUGCCAGCACCUGUAGGAAUGGUUCACAGCUUCCAGCAGUAUUCUGUAGGUUGGGACAUUUGGAAGUUUCAUUGUACAACAUGCUGCGAUUAAGUCUCUCACCCACAUAUUCAUUGGGAUUUCAUCUAUUAGCUAUGAUGACUCUCCUAAUUUCCCAUGUGGACCACAUAACUGCUGAGACAGAAAUGGUGGAAGAAGGAAAUGAAACCGGUGAAUGUACUGGCUCAUAUUACUGUAAGAAAGGGGUGAUUCUGCCCAUUUGGGAGCCUCAAGACCCUUCUUUUGGGGACAAAAUUGCUAGAGCAACUGUGUAUUUUGUGGCCAUGGUCUACAUGUUUCUUGGUGUCUCUAUCAUCGCUGAUAGGUUCAUGUCCUCCAUAGAAGUCAUCACAUCUCAAGAAAAAGAAAUAACCAUAAAGAAACCCAAUGGAGAGACCACCAAGACCACUGUGAGAAUCUGGAAUGAGACUGUGUCUAACCUGACCUUGAUGGCCCUAGGAUCUUCUGCUCCCGAGAUUCUCCUCUCAGUAAUUGAAGUGUGUGGCCAUAACUUCACUGCAGGAGACCUUGGUCCUAGCACCAUCGUGGGAAGUGCUGCCUUCAACAUGUUCAUCAUCAUUGCCCUGUGUGUUUAUGUGGUCCCUGAUGGAGAGACAAGGAAGAUUAAGCAUUUGCGUGUGUUCUUUGUGACGGCAGCCUGGAGUAUCUUUGCCUAUACCUGGCUUUACAUUAUUCUGUCUGUCAUUUCUCCUGGUGUUGUGGAGGUCUGGGAAGGUUUGCUUACUUUCUUUUUCUUUCCCAUCUGUGUUGUGUUCGCGUGGGUAGCAGAUAGGAGGCUUCUGUUUUACAAGUAUGUCUACAAGAGGUAUCGGGCUGGCAAGCAGAGGGGCAUGAUUAUAGAACACGAAGGAGACAGACCAUCAUCCAAAACUGAAAUCGAAAUGGAUGGAAAGGUAGUGAACUCUCACGUUGAGAAUUUCUUAGAUGGUGCUCUGGUUCUGGAGGUGGAUGAGAGGGAUCAAGAUGAUGAAGAAGCUAGGAGAGAAAUGGCGAGAAUUCUGAAGGAACUUAAGCAGAAGCAUCCAGAGAAGGAAAUAGAGCAAUUGAUAGAAUUAGCUAACUACCAAGUCUUAAGUCAGCAGCAAAAGAGUCGUGCAUUUUACCGAAUUCAAGCUACUCGCCUGAUGACCGGUGCCGGCAACAUUUUAAAGAGGCACGCAGCUGACCAAGCCAGGAAGGCUGUCAGUAUGCAUGAGGUCAACACAGAAGUGGCUGAAAAUGACCCUGUUAGUAAGAUCUUCUUUGAACAAGGGACAUAUCAGUGUCUGGAGAACUGUGGUACAGUGGCCCUGACCAUUAUCCGCAGAGGUGGAGAUUUGACCAACACUGUGUUCGUUGACUUCAGAACAGAGGAUGGCACAGCAAAUGCUGGGUCUGACUAUGAAUUUACUGAAGGAACUGUCGUCUUUAAGCCUGGUGAGACACAAAAGGAAAUCAGAGUUGGCAUCAUUGAUGAUGAUAUCUUUGAGGAGGAUGAAAAUUUCCUUGUGCAUCUGAGCAACGUCAAAGUGUCUUCUGAGGCUUCUGAGGAUGGCAUACUGGAAGCCAACCACAUUUCUACCCUUGCUUGCCUUGGGUCGCCCUCCACUGCCACUGUUACUAUUUUUGAUGAUGACCACGCAGGCAUCUUUACUUUUGAGGAACCCGUGACCCACGUGAGUGAGAGCAUUGGCAUCAUGGAGGUCAAAGUACUGAGAACAUCUGGAGCACGAGGAAAUGUUAUCGUGCCCUACAAAACCAUCGAAGGGACUGCCAGAGGUGGAGGGGAGGACUUUGAGGACACUUGUGGAGAGCUCGAAUUCCAGAACGAUGAAAUUGUCAAAACAAUAUCAGUCAAGGUAAUUGAUGAUGAGGAGUAUGAGAAAAACAAGACCUUCUUCCUUGAGAUUGGAGAGCCCCGCCUGGUGGAGAUGAGUGAAAAGAAAGCCCUGUUAUUGAAUGAGCUUGGUGGCUUCACAAUAACAGGAAAACACCUCUACGGCCAACCUGUCUUGAGGAAAGUUCAUGCUAGAGACCAUCCGAUCCCCUCUACUGUAAUCACAAUUGCAGACGAAUAUGAUGACAAACAGCCGUUAACCAGCAAAGAGGAAGAAGAGAGACGCAUUGCAGAGCUGGGGCGCCCCAUCCUGGGAGAGCACACCAAGCUGGAAGUGAUCAUUGAGGAGUCCUAUGAGUUCAAGAGUACAGUGGACAAACUCAUUAAAAAGACAAACCUGGCCCUCGUGGUGGGUACCAACAGCUGGAGAGAACAGUUCAUUGAGGCUAUCACUGUCAGUGCUGGGGAAGAUGAUGACGACGAUGAAUGUGGGGAGGAGAAGUUGCCCUCCUGUUUCGAUUAUGUGAUGCACUUUCUGACUGUCUUCUGGAAGGUCCUGUUUGCCUUCGUCCCACCUACAGAAUACUGGAAUGGCUGGGCAUGUUUCAUUGUCUCUAUUCUCAUGAUUGGCCUACUGACAGCUUUCAUUGGAGACCUAGCUUCCCACUUUGGCUGCACCAUUGGCCUAAAAGACUCCGUGACUGCUGUUGUGUUUGUUGCACUGGGAACUUCGGUGCCAGACACAUUUGCCAGCAAAGUAGCAGCCACCCAGGACCAGUAUGCAGACGCAUCCAUAGGUAACGUCACAGGCAGCAAUGCAGUGAAUGUCUUCCUGGGAAUCGGCGUGGCCUGGUCCAUUGCUGCCAUCUACCACGCGGCCAAUGGGGAACAGUUCAAAGUGUCCCCUGGCACACUAGCUUUCUCUGUCACUCUCUUCACCAUCUUUGCUUUCAUCAAUGUGGGGGUGCUGCUGUAUCGGCGGAGGCCAGAAAUCGGAGGUGAGCUGGGUGGGCCCCGGACUGCCAAGCUCCUCACAUCCUGCCUCUUUGUGCUCCUGUGGCUCUUGUACAUUUUCUUCUCUUCCCUGGAGGCCUACUGCCACAUAAAAGGCUUCUAAAGGAACAAUCUGAUAUAGUAAAUUUAUAUAUAUAUAUAUACAUAUAUACAUAAAAAUUAUGUAUAACGAACAGAGAAAAUGGACAUUUGUCAUGUUCACUUACCUGCUGAUGGAAUCCAGCUUCAAGAGCAUACUCUGUACUAGGGCCGACGUCAGACACCCUCACCUCCCAUUCCCAGGGCCAUCACCGUGUUGAACAAGGCACAGAGGCAGGGCCAUCUCUGCAGCUCAGCAAGAAGAGCUGUUCUCUCUCCGGGUUCUUAAAUGGUGAAAGCUUUGAUUUACUUUCUUGUUUUUGACUUUACUUUCAGUGGGACUGACAAGGUAGCUGAUAUUUGGCUUUGUGUUCUUUGUUUUGUUUUUUGUUUUGUUUUGUUGGGAGGGUCAAGGUUUUUGCUUCCCCUUGUGGAAGAUGAUGAACCAUCCAAAUGUAAAUGGGUUGGGGGUAGAAAAUUGAAAUCAUGAAGAUUCCCCUCACCUCUCCCAAGCAUUUUAAAAAUUACUUUGGAUUAAGAAAGGAUCUGGGCAUGGAAGAAGAAAGAAGUGCACCUUUAUUACGUUACCCAAUUUCAUGCUCAUCUCCGAAAAGUGAACAAAGGUAAAGCUGCCUCCAAGAAGCACAAGAGCUGGAGUGGAGCUGGGAAAACUGAUGGUUCUCCAUACGGUCUAAUAUUAGGGAUGUGGUGCCUGGCACUCUUUUUCAACAGGUACAGGGGUACCGUGCCUAGAUUCCCAAGAACAUGCAGAAUCCCUUUUUUAUUUUUUUUAUCUCUUUAGCUCCAGAGUGUGAUUAGCAACGCUCUUAUCUGUUCCAGCCCAGAUAAUCCUCUAAGAGUCCCAUCCCAGCCCUUUUCCUCCUGCCCAUCUUCCCUCCGUACAAACCGGAAGAAUAAUCCCAUCCUAAAAGCACAUCAUCCUUUUCCAUCCGCAUCAGUAUGUGCCCCAGUCCCAUGUUGCUGUUGCUGUUGGCUGGGAUUGUCUGUCAGUUUUGUUUCCCAAAACAUCCAUGGCUUGCACAACCCUGUUGCAGUCAUAACUGAAUAUUUGCUCCUUUUCAUGUGCCUGUUUGGGAAUGUUGAUGUGAUACCUGUUAAACAGUGCAUGGAUGAAAAACAAAUAAAACAAAACAAAGCGUAUCUGUAUAUAGUAGACUAUAGCAUAUAUUGUUCUCCCAUAGCAACACUGAUUGGACACUGCAGACAUGAGUGGGUUUUCAUUUCACCUGAGUUGUUAUGUUUUUGUUGUUGCUUAGUUGAUUACUAGGGAUAAAAGAAGAAAAUGGCUUAUUGUUCAUGAAUCUGCACAUACAUUUCCAAGAAGCAAUAACUGUCACAUGGAGAGAAGCGAAAGUUAUUGAGGAUAACAGGCAAACUCAAAGGUCUUCAUGGAAAGUUAGCUAUGUGGAACAUACCAGAGGCCUCUUAAAUCAGCCAUUCAUUCAGGAAAGCCAGAGAGAAGGUGCUGGAGAGGGGUGUAUGCAUUAGAUGUGCCUGGGCUUUUGGGGCCACCAUUUCUAAAUCUCCCCUUUCCCCAAAGUAUUUAUUGCACAGCUGAUCUGUCUGGUACAGAUGAUAGAUUGUGCUGGCUUGUUUUAUUGCUUUUUAUGUCAAAGGCUAUUUUGAGCACUGUUUCAUCAUCCAGUCCAUAUCCCACAAAUUAUGUCAGUAGUUCCUGAAUAAGAAAGAAGCCAGGUUGACUGACGGGUCUUUAAAAGUUGGUCCCUCUACUUAUGAUUAAAGAGAACUCUUUAAAAGAAACAACUCUAUUUCAAAAGACCAAAGAGCAUGGAUAAACCUAACAUUCCAAAGUAUUGAUUUCACUAAUGAGGAGAAAUGGAAUGGCUUUGCUCACCUUUCAGAGACUUCACUGUCUCUGCAGAGUCUCAGGCUGAAGACAUCCCCAGCCCUCGUAACUGAUUCAGAGAUACUUAAGAAACAAAUACAGCUGAGACUUCUCUUCCUCCACUCAGUGACCAUGACUCUGCAUUUCAUAACCAUUUAACUGAAGUCAGGUUGCACACUUGAUAUGCCACGUAAUGUGCUGCUUCCUGGAGACUAAGGUAUGACCAAGAUAGCCCCGACGCCUGUUCUCAGGGGGUGUACAGUGAAUGUGAUUGCUAUUUCAUUUGUGAAAGAGGACACAGCCAUACUGAAACAGUGUAUCUUGCAAGGAAAAAAUUACGAAACUAUUUUAACGUAAACACAUUAAAACUAUAAAAAGAAAGUUGUCCAAAUAGCUAAGAUUUUGUGGAAAGCUUAGAUUUGGAAAAAGCACUCUCUGGGUCCUUGGCCAACUCCCAGAUGUGUACCACUUCCAGUUUAAAACCAAGAAGGGCAAUCUCAGUGACGUGCAUCACUAAGAAGACCGAGUUAACCCACUUUUCUCUUUGUGGCAAUGGUAGUUUUCCAUGAGCUACCCCUGUCCUAAUGUGGCCCAUGGACACCAGUAACUGCAUUAGGUAGUGGUACAUUUCAAUCUGUGCCCCCCCCCAUUUUUGAAGAUUAAAAAAUGGAAAGCUAGCAUAGAAAGACCAAGUAAAUAUAGUCAAGGGAUAUAAGUUGUUAAACAUUAGAAAGAUUUUGCACUCAUUUGUAGUCUUUUUUUGGGAUAUAAUAAUCCUGUAGCAAAUCUUCAAAAGACACUUUAAGGAAUUCUUGCUCUUGGUCAAUUUCAAUUUCAAAGUGUUUGGGUUUGUUUGCCUUUUCAGUUUUCAUGCUUUAGGGAAAAUAUGAUUAUGGUUAUUCAGGGUUGUUAUUAAUUAUUAUAGUUGUGUAAAACUGUUUCAUUUUAUUUGUUUGAUUAUUUUAUUUUGUGUGUAUUGUGCACAGCUUUAGGGGGAAAGUACACUAAUCGUGCUGUUCCUUAUAAAUGGUACACAUUAUUGACACAGACAAAUAAAGUUUCUAAUUGUUUCUGAUUUAAUCACUAGUGACACAGAAUAUUCUGUAUGGAUGUUUUCUCUCUUCUCAUUGUCAUCUACUUCAUUUUUUGUCUUCAUGUUUUGAAGAAAUAAAGACCAAAAAGGUAUUACUGUGCAAUUGGUAUCCUGUAAAAAAAAAAUAGAAACCCAGUAUUCAAGCUUGCCAACCUUCUGGUUAUACAGCGUUAUCUUUUUAAUGACCCAAGAAAGAACAAAGCCAGAAUAUUUUUCUUACAAUCCUGAAAUAAAUGCCACUGUUAUCUCCAUUUCACUAUUUUCUUUUUCACAUUUUUAGUGUUACUCUGUCUACAACUUUUUGCAUCCAACAAUAUAAACUCAUAAAGAGUUACAUGUCAGGCAACAUUCAAGUACACACUGUGUCAUAGCAAAUCUCUCAAUCUCACUAAAACUGAUCACAGGAAAUGUAGUUACUGUCCAAGAAAUACUUGUGAUUUUUUUCUUUAAUAGCAUACACUGUAUUCCUUUUGAAUACCAUAGAACUUCUACUUUUAGUAAUUUCUAUCUAAUUACAAAAUUUAUUAAAUUCAUCAUAAAAUCAAAACAGCAUAUAAAGAAGUGGCACCAGACCUAAAUAAGCAUUUGUGGAUGGGAAAAUGUGAACUCUUACUAAAAUAGAAUCUAUUGACUAGGUGCAUAUAAAUAAUACAUUAGCAAUCUGAAUAUCUUUAAUUUUUUGCAUGGAAUUCUUCACUAUAUCAUUACAUAUCAUGUAAUGGCACAUGUGUGCCAAAUGGUUAUAUUAGCACGCUUUUCUAUGGGAAGGAAAUAAACUACAUUUAAAUAUUUUCUCAAAUCAAAUUUCCCCUGGGUGCCAGUCCUUGGUUUAACACAAAAUGAGUGGCCAGUAUUUACGUUUCAACAGCAAAAUGAGUAAUUUAAUGACCCAAGUACCUUUGACCACUUCACCUUCAAUAAAAUCCUCUGAACUAAUGAUUUUCAACUUCUUAUGAGCAAGUUUUAAUUCCUAGAUUUGGAUUCAAUCCUUCCACUAGUGAAUAUGUUGUAGAACUUUGUUUUCUAUAGUUUAUAGCAUAAAUGCACUAAAAUUUGUUGCAGUUACUUUUCAAACAUAAAAUUAAAUUGAAAAAUGUGCUGUUUGAAACAACCCUGCAGAGUUUACUAGGUGGCUCCUAUCUAUUACAGCCUCCAAAGAUUCACUGCCCUCUCUGCCUUUUUUCAUACCUAGUUGAUUCAUUGGUGAUAUAGCAGCCCAAGGCCUCUGGUCAUAGCCUGCCAAAAUAAAGUGAGAUUGAUGAGUUGUCUCCACAUCUAAGACCUUUAUAAAAAAGUAGAACAUUUUGUCUGGAAGAAGAUAAAGCCUCUGUUUUCUAAGAGUGACAAAACCUUACCUUUCCAAAAACACAAAUAAAGCCCUCUAAGAGUUCUUUCAAUAUUUCCAGGCUAGAGAUACGGAGUCUCUUUUUUGGCUUUGAUUUUCUCUCUCAUCUUGUGCAGUUUUGCAUACCCAGCAAGUCCUGAGUAUAGUUUGAUGAAUUGAGGACAAUUUAGAUAGUUCCUGAUUUGUAUACAAUACUGGACCUAUAGUAUACCUAUAGUAUACAAUACUGGACCACACUGACCUACAGCUGGCUUUCAGCAUUUGUCAUAGUAUUCAUUUCAUUGGACCGAAGCAUUCUAACUUUUGGUAGAACUAAGCAAAUGUAAAUGUGGAUUUCAGUAAAUGAAUGUGUGCAUUGUGCAGAAGAGACAGAAAAAUCACAGUCUUAAACAGAAAGAAACCUGUAUGAAUAGAUCGAUUAGUUUAGUUUAGACCUUGCUACAGAUUUUUGUUAGUAGAUUGCAUUUCUGCUAUUCUUUUCUAACAUUAUGCCCUUACCUCUUCUUUCCAUGUUCAUUUUCUUCAUAUCAGCUAGCACAUUUUAAAUGGUUCUCCACCUGCAUAGAUAGCAUGGAAAAGUUAGACCCCUGAAAUAGGUACUUCAGUUUUUGAAGUUUACUCUGGCAAUGGCUAAUUAUCUGCCAAAGCAGAGGAUGUCUUAUAUGUAGAAAGAGCAACCACUGAGAAGUGGAACUCCAGGGGAGAAAGUGCUUCAGUUUCCUACUCAAACGAAAUGGUAAGUAUCCAGAUUUCUCUGUCUUCUUGACUGCCAAGAUGUCCAAAAAGACGCAUUCAAAAGUUAUUCAAAUCUUCAGUUUUAUUAAAGAUCUUCUAAUUUACUUUCCUAAGGUACAUACUACUCAGUGGUAAUAUAAAUUAUUGCUUACUUUGAUUUAUGCUUGUGGGGAAAGAUCUUUGUUUUUUUUAUUGGUACCAGGGAUCGAACUCACAACUGCAUGGUUGCAAGGCAGGUGCUUAUGCCACUGAGCUAAAUCCCCAGCCCCUCAUGGGGAAAGAUCUUUAUUCCGAUCAUCAUCUUUCCUUUCCCUACUGUCAAUGCUUGUAGCUCUCCCAUUGGCUACUCUCACUGCAUUCAGUUACUCAUAGUGAUGCUCACCAUUACCCCCCAACAAUAAGAAAGCUCAUGAUAAAAGUAAUUGUUCAGGACUUGGUUUUCAGAAAGAUAAUUUAUCAUAGGAAAAGUCAAACAUGACAUCCAACCUACAGCAGUCUCUAGAACAUAGUAUGAUGUCUCUACAUCUGUUAAAGACAUAUUAUGCCCUAAGGUGAUGUAAUAUAGCAGUAUUAUUGAUUUUUCUACCUCUUGGAAUCAUAUUCACCAUGUUUCCUUGCCCAUCUAUCUGGUCUUCUAUCAAUAUGUGCAUAUAUAGAUCAGGAAUGAAAAUCAACAUAGACAUCUCCAAGUCCUACAAGAGUUUCCGUAAAGAUGAAGUAUAUAAAUGCAUAAGCAUAAGAAUAUCUAGUUUCCAUGCCUCUAAGAAAUCUGAGUUGGCUGAAUGCUAGAUGUUAUAUUUCUGAUAUGGAAAUAGUAUGAAAAUUCAUGUUAAUAAUCAGAUACCAACAUAAGAAUUAUAUAACUUCAAUGAUGCUGAGUCAGUUUUUGGCCAUUAAGACACAUGUUGGCCCCCCUAAUUUACUGACUCUAUUUAUCAAAUCCAAGAAUGUAUUAGGGUAAGGAGAAGUUGGUUUACUAUGACACUUCUGCCACUUUCUAUACCAGAACUGUCUAUUCAGUUGAAAGGCAGGGGCUAGAGCUCUUUGAAGAGGCCUAUUACUACAUUCCUAAAGAACUUUUAAUUUACUCUUUGUUAGUCUCCCUGAAAUCAUAAAGUGUAAUAUGAGACAGAUCUUCUGUAAAAGUGUUAUUUUAGGUUUGCAAUGACCCACUUUACAAUAUAAAAAUCAUAUUUUUCAUCUUAUAUAUUAUUACUUAAAAAUAUAAAGGCCAAUUUUAUUAAAUAAGCAAGUACACAAAGAUUUUUCAAACCAUUUUACCUAAAAAAGAGUAAGCUGUAUAAACAUUGCUGCUCAAAGUGAUAUAAUCCAGAUGGCUAGUUUUGAGAAAAAUAAUAUUCCUUCUGGAUAUGGAUUUUAUUUUUUCCACUCAUUUUGACAUUAUACCAAGGAAUAAAUUUGAAAAGAUUUUUCCACUUGAAUGAUAUUCAUAUAGUGUGAUACAACUAAAAUAAUGAUAUGGAGAAUUAUCAAUGUUGUUGACAAAGAUACACUUUUUUGUUUCCAGUUUCCAGAGACAAUUGUACAAUUUAAACUUCUUUAUUUGAGGUUUAUGUGAAAAUUAAAGCUGGGAAUACAUAAAUUUUGGUUUUGAUAACCAGAAAAAAGUAUGCUUUGGGCACACUUUCCUUACUUUUGGGUUAUUUAGUGGAAUCUACUGGAUCUAUAGAGAUGUCUUAUAAAAAAAAUUCUUUCAAUAAAUUCCUUUCCUUCUAUAUUUUAAACUGUAAAGUUUUUAAAUUCCCAACUUGAUAACUUGUAUUUCCUUUUAAAAAAUGACUCAAUUUGAAUAUUUCUAUUUACAUUCAGAAUUUUGCUUUUAAUCUUCAUUCUAGCAAAAGUGUCCAUUUUACCAAGUGCAAAAAUAAAGAUUUGGAAUGCUAGUUAGAUUAUUUCUCUGAAAACUGGACAUUACUUCAACUUUAUCUCUGCUACACCACAGAGAUGCAUACAUAAUAACAAAAUAACUUAUCUGUGUCCAACACAAAACUACAUUUUGGAUGUCUAAGACUGAGCAGAAGUUCAUGUUGGGUUAAUAUCCCUUUUCAUCAAAUAUUUUACACAAAUGGAAAAAGGUGGAGAGAAGGGAAAGAAACAUGUUCUUGAUUUUCUUUCUGAGCUAAAGAUGCAAAUCCAAAGUCAUCCUUUCAAAAACAAAAGUUUUUAAAAUAAAGGAACUUAUUUUUCUUCCUUUUAUUUAGCAAGCAUUCCUGAUUGAGAGUCUUAAGGAUCAAUGAGGGCUCCCUCUUACUUGGAUGAGUCUUGAAAAAAGUUCUUAAACCAUAUUGUGGUCAUGGUCAAAUUUAUGAGAUUUUAUAUUUCCUCUUGAAACAUAGCACACAGCAGACAGACAAGCUUGAAUUAAGACAUUUUCUAAAAAAUUGUUUUGGCAUUUGGCAGAAAAACAACAGGAGUUUCACCCACAAAUACCCUACCAGCCACCAUCACUUGUGUUCUCUCCUCUCCUAGAUGUAAUUUAGCAGUUAUUCUCAACUGAACCAGCCCUCAGUUUUCAUGUACACUGAUGGCCUUGUGUCUAGCAUUUUUCCUAAAGACUUUACUAACGGACAGACUAACCCUUCCAGCCGGUUGUUACAUGUUUCUCCAUGGGGACAGGUAAGGGUGAGGCAGAAGAGACAGUGAUGCGAGUGACAAGACAUGGGAGCCUAUUUCACCAGUUUCUUCAUUAUUGUAACUAUUUGGAAUAUUCGCCCUUAGAAAAGUGAAAAGAUUAUUUUAUUAGUAUUUCAUCAACACAACUUUUAUGACAUUGUACCAAAGCAAAGAAUACUAUCAUAUAAAAAAUGAAAGUUAUUUUCAGCUACAGUGGAUAGUAUUAAAUUUUCAAAAAAAAUUUUUUUCUUGGUAAUUUUUACUCAAAAUUCUAAGAAUGAGGUUUCUGCUGCCAUCAGUAAUCUUAGAAGAAAUUUGACAUUCCAGAUCGUCUUUGAGACAGAUGAUGCUUUGGUAAAUGUAUGUAUGAGUCUUAAAAUAUUCUUGAUAUUCUCACACUGCUCUCACAAACUCUGCAUAGAUUUACUUUUUUUUGAAAUGAGAGCAUUUGUCAUCAAAAUGCAUUGGGAAUUUUUCCAAUAACUAGUUGUAUUUUAUCGAGAAAUGAGUCUAGCACCAAAAGAACUGUGAGUACAGUUGGUUAAAGUGAUUCUUUAUGCCUCCUUUUCCUUGCAUCUGACUUUUAAUCCAUAAGCACAUUCUUCAGAAACAACUGCAAAUGGUGAGAGAAAAGUCAAACAGAAGAGAUGCUCUUCCUUUCAAACUAAACUAAAUUUACUUAUCACUGUAAAAAUUAUGUUUGAAUUAUUUUAAACUUUAAGCACAAAUGAAAAAGAGAUGUUUCAAUGCCUAAUCAGAAGCAAUGAUUUCAUUUUUUGCAACAUUAACCCCCAAACAAAUUUUAAUAAUAAAGGAUUUAAUAACAUAUCAGCACCCAGCCACUGCCUCCACUCUGCCAAUCACAUGGUAUCUGGACACAAAUAAGCAGUUGGGCAGGGGACACAGGUUACUAUUUAAGCCAUAAUUACAUCAUGAUUCAACUGCCAGAUGGGGUCAAGAUAUAGACCAAGUAGUUGUUGGUUUGGGAGCCACAGCAGCAAUCCAGCUCAAGUCUUGUUGGAUUAAAGCAAUACCAGAAAUAUUUCAUUCAUUUGAUAUGUUACCUGCAUUGAUUCCUUUCUGUCUGGAAUCAGUCUGUUUCAUUUGACUCUAAUAUUUUGAUGCAGUUCAACGGCCGGCUUGUUGCUGGGUGGAAAGCAAACCCUUCUUUCAAAACUUGUUUCCAUGGAACCAGUUUUUUAAAACAUAGAAAACAUCACAGUUAAACAGACUGGACCUAGCAAUGAGAAGUCUAAACUUGUAUUUUUUUCCUUCCAAAACAAUACUCUGACAUACAAUAAAGUGAAAAUAAUAAUUGUUUUAAUGCAAUGCAGAACUAGUGCAUACAUCUGCGGAGCUUGGACUACUCAGCAUCAUAUUUGUGGAUAUUAGUAUCAUGAUAUUGUCCAAAACCUUAAUUUGUCUUAAAAAAUAAAAACAGGUUGAUUCUCUUUAAAGCAAAGGAUAAGAUAUUUAAUAUUUGAAAACAACAAAGAAAGGAGGUUGGUUCUGCAUAGGUUUCCAGACUACAGAGGAGGCCAGGCGUUUGUCAGACUUUCUUGGUAUUUUCCACUUCUUCGUAAGUUUUUGUCUGCUGUGGUUCCCAGUAGAAUUCUCCACAGUCUUUCUGUGGGAGGGACUCUGACAUGACUUCAGUUUUCCCCUUUUAUUUCCUAAUUCUCCCAGGAGAAUUACAACAGCUAUUCCAGAAGUUUUGUACAAAAACACACACCAUUCUGACUCUAUCUUAACACGGUGCGCACUGAACAGCUUCCUUAAAGAGAUUGUGGCUACAGAAAUAUCAACUGGAUGACUGCCUAAAGAAAGGAAUCAGAACAAAAUCAAUAAAGGGCAGAAAAUUGAUCAGUUUUUUAAAAUCUGUCUUCUAAAGAUCAUUGACUCACUUUAUAUUCAGGUGAAACUUAAAAAGAAAAAACUCAGUCAAAUCAAUAGAGCAGUUUUAAAACAGAAUGUCAUAGUAUAUAUUUCUUUCUGACACACAAUUCAACUUAGCAUAAGCAUUUACGUUGCUCACGGUAUUGAAUGAGGCAUCCUAUGGUAAUAUGAAGAAUUCAAGGCAGAGUAAUCAAACAAAGUAGUUCUUUCUGGUUCUGGAUUUAGGAAGAGUCCAAUUAUGUCCCUCAAUUAAAUUAACCUUUCAUUUUGGUCUGGAGAAAUUUUAUCCACUUGAGACUGCCUAAUAGGGUUAUUCUGAAAUCUGUCAUGCAAAAUCUUAAUAAAAGUACUCAUUUUCUUAGAUUCACAACUUUCACCAAUGAAAUGAAUGAAUUCAGGCUCCAUAGACAAAUCCCAGAGUCUUCCAUGAGCUCAGCCCUGUGUGAUACUUACAUACAGACUUUUAGUUACAAUUUCAAGUUGAAGGGAAAAAGCCUGUGAAAAGACCAUUUGCUUCAUCUUUGCUGAAUUGCUUGUUUCAAGUGGUGUUGGUACCACUGGAUUUUUUUAUCUCUGCCUAUUGCUCAUUUGACUCUGAGGGAUCUGGUUCAACUUCAGGGAGCUACUGCAGGUCUUGUCUUUUAACAGCAACUACAGGACCUCAGUCUCCAACUUUAAGUAUGUAGUAUUCUCUUCAAAAUUUGAAAAUCAAAUAGCUAUUGGAGAAGAGACCUGAAGGCUUCUAUCUUUGUGAACUACCUAAUUGUUUCAAAGCCUCAGGAAUCUCCACAUCUCUCUGUAGUUGAAUUUCCACUUCGUGGUGUGGAGGGAGAUAGUCUUUUCCAGAGCACAUAAAGCUCCACACAUUUGUGACUCCCUGCUCUCAUCCAUGCAUGAGUAAGGGCCGAAUGCACCUUAGGUUGAGAACCAGGUGCUGCCCGUCAUAUGUGAUUACCAGUGUGAGCACCAAGCCAAGAAAGCCGCAUGAAUUCUGACAGAAAUUUAAAGAUUUAUUUUGAAAUAAUUAUUUGUGCACUGUUGGAAAAAGUCUCCUUUCCCUGAGGGAAGUAAGAGGUUUCUUCUGCGUGAAAAAGCAUCCAGUAGAAGAUGUAAUGAGAUUGGAGUGGAUUCCAAAUCCGUGACCUUCUUAGGCUAAAUCUUCUAAAGGUAAAAUUUAAGUUUGCAUAGGGCCUCACAGUAACCUUUAGUUUUUAUUCUGUGUGCUUAAUGGCAACCUUUUAGGAGAAAGCAACUGACAGUGGUUAUUUUAUAUCAAGGUAUGUAAAUUAUAAACAGACUGUGCAGUGACCAAGCAGAAAGAUAUUUAAAGGUACAAGAAUUCCAGAUGAAGAUGAAAUCAGAGUAUCAUUUGAUACAGAUUCAACUGUCUUUCUAAAUGCCUCCUUUGUUAGGUAGAAAAUGACUGCUCAAAAAGAGUUCACAAAAAGAUUUAAAUCACACUCCUAGCAAUCAUUUGUCUGCCACAGCCCAAAUGCCUCAUUAGCAAUAUGAAAUUGCUCACAGAGAAAAUACAGCAAGAUGAUUUCGACAUUUUCACGGGGGAAGAAACAAAAAGCAACCAUAGUGAAGUAUGCUUAUAUAAACAAAGAAAGUUUUAGGGGAAUGAAUGUAAGCUUUCUCCUGAAGGAAUCCCAUUUGGAAUGUCAUCAGAAAUGGCAAAACUUUCAACAUCACUGCAGUAAUUUAUUCCAACUUUAUUAGCACUGAGGCAUAAAUUCAAAUUUGGCAGGGGAAAAGGUAAAUUGACAUUGCAAGAGACAAAGUGAUCUUAUAAGUCUCAAAGUUAAGAGAAAGUUAAAAUAGAUAGUAUCUUUGUUAAAACUGUAGUAAUUUCUAGGACUGCUCCCUAGGAUAAAAAUACUUCCUCCUUCUCUCAUUUUAAAUUUCUAUAUAAAGAGUCUCUUAAGUUGCAGUAGCAUGCAUUUUCAUAUUUCAAAAAGUUCCUCGUGAUAAGUUUGACCCUCAUUUCAAAUUUGAUUAGGAAAUAGUAAAUUCAAAAGGUAACAUUUUCUGCCCUUUUUAAAGCAAAUAUGUCCCAUAAGCAUUUUCUGGUGAGGACUGCCUUAAGCAGUACUUAUAGUGCUGUCAGUCAAUGGCAGGUGCUUGAGGGAGAAAAUUCAUGAAUAAAUUGGACCUUCCUGUCAUGCUUUCUUGGUACUCAAUCGCACAAAUAAACUCCUUGACUUCCACUUUUUAAACUGAGCCAGGUCUACUUACCAGUGAAGCAAACAACAAGCUUUAAUUAUGCAUGCUGAUUGCUAGUUCAGUUUAAUCCUUUCUCAACUGAGUAUUGUGGCUAUGCCUUUGGUGUUCCUCUAUUUACUCUUUUAUAUAAGUCCUUGCGCUUGAUACAUUUGAACAAGAAUUUUACUAGAAAAAGUCAACAAGCCUCUAUGUUUGUGUUCAGUCAAGAAACAAUGAACAAGGUUAGCUGGUGUUUUAAUCAUCCGGAGCUGAUAGAAAGACUAUCACCUAAGAGGCAAGAGAGAAAGUUCAUGCUAUUACUAAAAAUACUACCCUAUAGGGAGAGACCAUAGAAUUUUCCACAAGUAGCCUAUUAGGAACUUAUACUAUGUAAUAUAGAAAAAUAAUAUUCUCUUCAAAGGAAUAUCACAGGUUACAACGUGAGUUCAAAUCAUAUUUUAUUUACAGGUUUUCUGUAUAAAUUGACAUGGGACUUAUUCUGAACCUGAAGACUUGCUUUGUUUUGUUUUGUUUUGUUUUGUUUUGUUGGGGGGGUACCAAGAAUUAAACUCAUGACUUCACACUUGCCAAGCGGGCGCUGUACCACUGAGCAAUAUCCCCAGCAAACCAAAGACUUCCUACAUUAGACUAGUAGCAGUAGACUCUGUCACUUAACUACACUGUAAGAAUUUCAGGGGAAUUUUUUUUAAUAUUGAUCUUUACAUUCUACAUGGAAUAUCUUUGUACUGGCCAGGUUAUUAAGGUGAUUUGGAAAAGUAUGUAUAAUGUUUUAGAAUAAGCUACUAAAGUGAUUAUAAAGUUUGAUCCCCAGAAAACACCAUCAGCAACAAUUUGGAAAUUUGUUAGAUACACAAAUUAUCCAGUCCUGCCUGAAACCCCAACAGAAUAUAUGAAUGAGAAAUUCUAGGAAUAGGCUUAGCUAAGUGGAUCAUAAUAAACCCUUCAGAUGAUUCUCGUGCAUGCUUCAAUUUAAAACCAGUUAUGCACACCAUGUGCGGUCAAGAAUAAUCAACGUCACCAUCGUUUGACUCUGCCUCUUCCCAGGAAGAAACUUAAAAAGUUUAAAUUGUAAGCUCCUUCUCAAUGCAAUACAUUCUAAUACAUGGGUAGAAAUGUCCACCAUUCACUUAGAAUGUCAUUUGAAGGAAAGUUUAUCCUUAGAACUACUUGUUUGUGACGUAACUGAGGUUCAGCAAGCUCACCAAUUAGAUUUCUGAUCAGCUUUUCCAGUUCUUUUAAAGAGCAACAGAUGAUCUAAUUUGUUUGACUGCCUGUUGGACUAGAAAAUGACUUUGGAGGACUUUCUCUUCAUGGGCUAGCUCUGCUCAUUUGCCUUAAUGCUAAACCUGUGUGUAACCCUUGGUGACUGUAUUGGUUUGAAUACUGAGAUGCAUGGCCACUGGUGAUGAGUGAGUGUUGGUUUUUAGAAGAUAUUUUCAAAGCUUCACAUGGCUCAUUAACUUGAAAGACACAGAUAAUGCAGAAUUGAGACCUCCUAGGCUUUUUCAUUUGCACUGGGGCAGAACUGAAGUGGAGUAUCAGCAGGGGACUUCAUGUAUAAAAACUGCCUAGAAAAGUAUUUAGUAUUGUGGGGGUGUGUGUAGAUGUGUGGAGCCUUACAUUUAAUAUGAAAAACACUACGAGUUAUGUGUAAUUGUAUGUAUUUGGUCUUUCCCAUUGAUCUAGAAAAGUAAUUCAAAGGAUAUAAAAUGAAGCCUAAAAUACAAGCUCCAUGAUAGUAUUCUGGAGGCAAACACUAGAACUAUCAUUCUAAGCCUUUAGAAGGAGUCAGAUAUUUUUAAUUGAUAGCUCUUUUCCAGGGUAGGGGGAUGAGAAUAACUGACAUAUAUAUUUUUUCUACCUGCUCCUCUACAAUCUGUGUUCCUCUCCUGUCACUGGUCAAAGCUUGAACAUUUGUUUGGGUGCCUAUUUGCUAUGGCUGAUCACAUCUUCUCAUUGACAGUUCUCCCAUUUCUCUGAUCCUACUAUGUCACACCUGGCCUCCAGAUAGCUCUGCCAACCCCUAACACCCACAGUGUCCACCUUUGUGUCAUCUCCAUUUGCACAUCCUAAAUCUCACUUGGUGUCAGAGCCUCACUAAGAAGCUACUUGUUAGAAUGAUCACUCCAGUCAGGCAAUUUCAGGAUGGGAAGUACGUCUUCACAGAGGAAGAGACUGGAUCCAACUGAGAGGAAUUCAUUCAGACCCAUCAAAGGGAUCUAGAACCUUCACUUCCCACCUGAACUUGGUAGUUCACAGUGGUUUCCUAGUACAAAUUAUAGCAAUGGCUUUUCUUUGUGCUGUUGGCUCAGGUUAUGAAAUCUUAAAAGAAGCCAGAAUUUAAAAUUUAUCACAGAAAAUUUUCUAGCAGGAGAAAAAGUGACACACUCUAAUGACCUUUAGCUUAGGAAUUGUAUCAAAUUUUACUCCAAUAAGAAUUAACUAUUAUUAAGAACCCAAAAAACAACAAAUGCUGGAGAGGUUUGGGGAAAAAUAACUCUUCUACAUUGUCGGUGUGAAUGUAAACUAGUACAGCGACCAUGAGAAUCAGUAUGGAGAUUCCUCAAAUAACUAAAAGUAGAAAUUCCAUUUGACAUAGCUAUACUUCUGAGUAUCUUACCAAAAGAGUUAAAGUCAUCAUACUACAGUGUUAUAUGCAUACCCAUGUUCAUGUCAGCAUAAUUCAUAAUAUCUAAAUUGUGGAAGUAGCUUUUGGGUCCAUCAACAGAUGAAUGGAUGAAGGAAAUGUGGUAUUUAUAUACAGUGGAGUAUGACUCAUUUGAAUCAUUUGUAGGAAAAUGAAUAGACCUUGAGACCAUAAUGCUAAGUAAGAUAAACCAGAGUGCAAAAUUCUAAAUAUCACAAGGCAUAAAUAGAGCAAAAUUUAAAAAAAAAAAAGAUGAUAGGAAAUAGGAAGAUGGCCUCUAUAGAGAUGGGAAGGGAAUCAGGAGAACUAGAUAAGGGGAAGGAGGUGGAUGGGAGGUUAGGAGGGGGAGGCUAAGUAAAAGUGAUCAAGAUGCAAUGUGUGUAUGUACCAAUUCCUAAAGAUGAGUGUAAUUAUUAUGUUUCACAAACAUAUAAGUAUUUUAAAGGCCCUCACAGUAGAAGGUAGUGGAUGAUUAUUUUUAGUACCUCCACAGCUUUGCCUUUCAGUACCAUUCAUAGUUCAGUGGUGCAACUCAAUACUGUUCCAAUAAAGCCAUAAUAACAGUAAUCGCUGGCACAACUGUUAUUACAACAGGACUUCCCUGAGCUUCACUGGGCAAUGUUUAUAGACAGCAGGAAGCUCAUCCUAGAGGACAUUUAGCUUUCUCAACAUGGACAAGGGAAGAGGCCAGCAUGCUGUACAUACUGUAUAUAUGCACAAAACUGCUCUGUGCCACUGGGAGAGUUGAGGGACAGGUCAGAAGGAAAACUUCUCCAGGACUUCUCUCUCACUUUCAAUGGUUACUGAUAGUUGUUUUUUCCCCUCACUGGAUAAGCUUAAUGGAUAACUGUGAUGGUAAAUUGAACUCAUUCUGAUCCAGAACAAAUGGCAGUCCAUAAAGAAAAGGGUGGCGUGUCAUGAUGUCAGAGAGCUCAUCUCUAUACUAAUGCAAAAAGAAAAAAAAGAAAAGAAAGAAAGAAAGAAAAAGAAAGAAAGAAAGAAAGAAAGAAAGAAAGAAAGAAAGAAAGAAAGAAAACAAACCUCAUCUCCCCAAAUGGUGAUAAUGAAUUCCCUAUAUGGGACCAAAAAGGAAAGGACCACUUGUGUUUAUCAUGUAAUCACGGUUAAAGGAUGCAUCACAAACAACCUUCAAAGAAAGGAGGAGGAGAGUGGAAGAGAGGCAGAACUAAGAGGAGGUCUUACCUUGCUUGGAAAAUGCAGUAAGCAACCUAAUGUUCCUCCAGCUGACCUCGAUGAUUCUUACACAUCUAAAGCUAUUUUUCAGAAUAAACUCACAACACUUGGAAUUUCUGAGUGGUGGCAUAUCAGUAAGACAUCUGAAUACUUAACUGAAUUUUUCAGUUUGAGUCUUUUAUGCUGAUGAAUGUAAUCACUUAAGAAUUGCCAUUUUGAGCACAAAAGACACACACACAGAGGUAUAUGAACCAUCUGUUACUCAUUUUGUGGAAAACAUAAUGUAAAAUAUUCAGUUUCCAGUGUAUUUUUUCAGUGUGUUUCAGUGAUAAAAUUUUGUGGGGAAUAAAGGUAUAUAUCCCUUUACUGGUGACCAUAUUAUUGAAAUUACAAUAUUAAAAAACACUGUUAGAAAAUCCUGUGUAAAAUAUCUUCUCUACUAUCAAUGAAUCAAUACACUUGGAAUUUAAUAAAAGAGUAUGUGGUAUACUUAAAUAUUUUAUAUGUGUGGUGUUUUCUUAUUGUCUCAAAGUAGUUAAUGAGUGACCAGAUCCCUGGUAUUAUCAAAAAGGAAAAUGGCCUCAUGAAGGAAUGAAACAUGUUAUUUAUAAAGUUUCCUGCCAAAGAAAACUGUUGAAUGAUCUGUAAAUGUAGACUAACUUCUUUUACUAUGAAUGUGAUUGUGAGGAAUGCUUACCCUAUCAUCUUCUAUCUUUUGAAAAUUAAUAUUUUGUAUUUCUAAGGACCAAGGAAAUCUUUUUAAAGCCAAUGUAAUACACAGCAGCCUUGAAAAAGAGGUAUGACAACUUGGGUCAACUGCAAAAAACUAGCCUUGAAUUCCAACAUUAUAUGGUAAAUUUAUCAUUCUUUUAAUUCUUAUACUGCACUAUACAUUUUGGGAAUUUCAGUUGAUCUUUUCAGCAAAAGAAACCAGCAGUAACUGUAGAUGUUGUUUAUAGGGGAAGCAGUAAAAUGAUGCCCUUAAUGCACCUUGAAUGGAUAGAAAAGGAAUUCUAGUUAUUUCUCCUAAUCAUUUCAUGUGAGUUAACUCCAAGGUCUGAAAUGUUGCUCAAGAGGCUAAUAGACUGUGUACACCAAGGAUAUUUAAUCUGUGCAGUUAGCAAGAACUAGCCAUUUAAAAUAUAUUUAAAUGUUUUGUAAAUAAAAUUUUUGAUCACUAUAGUUUUAUUCAAACUGCUUUUAAAAGUAUUAGAUUUUAUUUGAAUUUUAAAAAGAAUCUGUUACAAGUUAAUGUUGUUUUGUUAACUGUGUGAUUCAAUGUACACUCAGCCAUAUUCCUGUGGGAAAAUAUCAAUACUAUUGACUUUCUUGACAUGAGCCAGAGACUCAUGGUUCUCUAAGGACUGUAAGUUCAAAGACAAAAAUAAAACAAAAGAAAAAACCAAAAUGAAAUGCUAGUGAAGAAAUGAGAAGUAUAUUGUAUAAAUUGUAUUUUUAAAAUCAUAAGAUAUAUGUGAUUUACACUGCCUGUUAAUCUAGUCUCUGUGAAAUAAUCACAGCAUAUUUGUUAAGACUUGGUAACACCAAAUAUUUGUGAUGUUUGUAUAGCACCAUUGUUACAAUAUGUGAUUUCAAAUGAUAAACAUCUUUAUUGUGAUCAUGUGAGUCCACAGAAGAAUAAAGUCCUGCUAUUAUGUAAAACCAGCUCUCAGAAUUCAGAUUCCCUGCAGCUGCUGUAUCACCAAUAAAUGAGAAUUAAUUGUGGAAAAACAAUCUUAAAAGAACUGUGUUUAUGAUCACUGUGCAUUUGUCAAUGAAUGAACUCAGAGAGUUUUAUUUUAUCAGAUAUGCUCUCAGCCAGCAAAUGCAAUUGCUGAUUUCAACCAUGAUAUAUUUCAAAUAGUUCUAUAUUAUUGAUCUAACUACCAAAACCUGGAAGCUUGAUGCAAAGUGUGUCCUAACUAAUGUACAAUAAAUGACUUUUCUUGCA